CUCGUUUUUCUCACCGGGUCAGGGUCAAAGUGGGUCAACCCGGGUGUACCCGCGGGUUGACAACUUUGCAUCCUUCCCAAUUUCGCACUCUAGGCUUGACUCCUGCGAAUGCGAUUCACCAUUGCCGUCGGGACCCAUCACCGUCUGGUGCUGCCACCAGAGGAUUAGCUGGUUGUGUGUAGAUGCCGAAGAUGAAGGAGGCCGAUCGGUCGAUUUCUUCCGCAUGCCCCGUGGUUGUAUCAGGCGCUGGAUACCAAUCAAUUUCUUGUCGUUUCUGCUCGCGGCUUUAGAGAGCUGGUGAAACUCGAGAGCUCCAACGAGAUUAAUUGUGAUUGGGAGACUGUAGCAGGGACAGAAGAAAGCUCAUCGACAGAGUGGAUUUCGGUGAUUGAGGGACUGAAAUAGUGUUGCAGAAGACGUUUCCUCGACUACAUCCUUGAAGGACUUGCACGGCGGCUAAAUUCCUUCUGAUCUUCCUUUUCCCUCUAAUCCCGGAGUGUAACUGUGGCUGUAUUGAUUGGUAGCACUCAUGGCUCCGCGAUCCAAGGCCAUUGUUUACAACCAGCACGCCCCGCCCGAUUCACGUUGUUAGGAUGGUCGAGUUGUUGCUGGUGGAAGUGAAAGAGAACGAUAUUUGCGGUAGGAUGCUAGCUGCACUGAUUAAUCCUUCGAAUUGAAGUGCCUGCAGUUGGAGGACACGAAGAGAUUGGAGUGGUGUAUUCUGUGGGCUGAACAGUGAAAGAAUUUUCUCCCGGUGAUCGUAUCAUUCUGCCUCCUCCCUCUUCUGGUAACCCGAUUCUCUCUUUUCCUGAGAUGAAAACUUCCUAGACUGUUGGUACUUCUUAGGCCCGGAAUAAAGCCAUCUAGUUGUAUGUUGAAGAAGCAUUGAGUUUUGGAAUAGAAAUGGAUGAACUUGCCAAUUCUGUUGAGUUGGGGAAGAAAUGCAAUGAAAAGAUUAGUGAAUGUCACUUAGCAACACUCGCAUUGACUGGCAGCAGGCUUGACUAGAGAAUAUCAAAUGCAGAUUUUCUGGCUGCUUUAUUAAGAGGUUCAACUUUGUGAUGGUUAGGGACAUGCGAGCCUUAUGUACGAAGCAGGAGGCUGUCUGGCUCAAAGUCGAUAUAGAUAGUCCGAUCGAGUAUGCUGCUUUAAUCAUUGUUAAUCUGCUGACUGCUUUACUGAUGAUCGAGGACAUAACUACCUUAAAUUCAGGCAGGGGAUUCGGUUGUCCAAAAUGGAGCUACAAGUAUAGUAUGCCAGUGUUUUGUCCAGCUUGGCCACCUUCGUAGCAUCUGUAGCAUUAACAUCACAAGGGACAGAUUGACGAGGAGGAUCUGGGGACGGGACCUGAUCGGGAAGAUCAGUUCCAGACCGACGAUGAAGAAAACCAAGCGGAGAGAACUUGUGACGACGAUAGCAAUGGCUCAGAUUCGGGGAGCAGCACUUCAUCUUCACCCAAUGCAAACCAUUCUUCCCACAGCAUGGAACUCACUACUCCAACCUGGCCUCAGAGCUUCAGGGCAUCAAUGGACAUGUUCACCAAUGUGGCUGCUGCUGCUUCCUCGAUUUCCUUCCUGAAGGAAGACACUGAUGGGUUGUCGCCUUCAAACUUAAGGGAUUCCGAAUCGGAUUCUUUCCUGAAAGAAUCCUUGAUCCCAAAGCGGGAUUUGGGGAAACUAGUUAUUUCCUGCCCAUCUCCCGUGGGGCAAACAUCUGCAUCUCCACAUUCACAAGCACCGGCGGAGGACGAUAAUAAGCAAAGCUCGUUUGCACAAGCGGUUCUCAAUGGGAUCAAUAUUUUAUGCGGUAUAGGGCUGCUUGCUACUCCAUAUGCAGUCAAACAAGGAGGGUGGCUUAGCCUCUUCAUACUUUUACUCUUCGGGAUCAUCUGCUGCUACACUGGAAGCUUGCUGAAGGAAUGUCUGGAAAGCUCUCCUCUUACUCGCACUUAUCCUGACAUUGCUCAGGCUGCUUUCGGAUUACCGGGUCGCUUACUCGUGUCUAUUCUUCUUUACUUCGAGUUAUACGCAGCUUGUGUGGAGUAUGUAAUCAUGACGAGUGAUAACUUAUCUACAUUGUUCCCAAAUACAAGCAUGGAUUUGAUUGGAAUGCAUCUCGACGCUCAACGAAUCUUCCCCAUUGCAGCAACUCUCAUAGUUCUUCCAACUGUUUGGCUCCGAGACCUUACCCUCCUUUCCUACCUUUCAGUUGGUGGAGUAGGUGCAUCGGUUCUACUGGCUGGCUGCUUGGUGUGGAGUGGGAUGGCCAAUGAAGUUGGAAUGCAUUCAAGUGGAACAGCUAUUGACCUCGGAAAUCUACCUUUUGCAGUUGGUAUAUAUGGAUAUUGCUUCUCUGGACAUGCUGUUUUCCCAAACAUUUACUACUCGAUGAGAGAACCGUCAAAGUUUCCUUCGGUUUUGAUUGUCAGCUUUGUUUUCUGCUGGUUCAUGUACACUGCAGUGGCGAUAUGCGGGUAUCUCUUGUUUGGUGAUGCAGUGAAAUCUCAGUUUACCCUGAACAUGCCAGAACAGCUUGUUUCCUCCAAUGUCGCAGUCUGGACAGCAGUUGUGAACCCAAUGACAAAAUAUGCAUUGACCAUGAUGCCAGUUGCGUUGAGCUUAGAAGAACUCAUCCCUUCUGGCAGGUUCAGAUCUUACGGUGCAUCAAUAGGAAUCAGAACGGUUUUAGUACUUUCAACUUUAUUUGUGGCUCUGGCAGUUCCAUUCUUUGGUUCUGUGAUGGCCUUCUGUGGAUCCUUCCUUGCAAUGCUUCUGGCUAUCGUCCUUCCAUGUGCUUGUUAUGUCAGCAUAUUCCAGGACAGAUUGACCAAGUUAGAGCUGGCAGCUUGUGGUUUCAGCGUACUUGUGGGCUUGUUGAGCGCUGUCAUUGGCACAUACACAUCAGUCAUCAGAAUAGCUAAUGAAAUGGGCUGAUAACUCCAAAUGAAGCUCGUCGCAGUUCAACAGAAAGAGGAAUUUUUGCAGUAAUGACAGUAUGACACUGAAGGAAGGCACUUUUUUUUCUCUUUUUGGUCGGGUUGUACAGUAAGCAGGAUUAAAGUAGGAAAGCCAUGCCAAAUGGGGAAGUAGAAGAGACAAAAAAAAAAAGAAUUGUAGAAUGUAAUUCACCGACUUUUGUUUAGAUACUAUACCAAAGGGUUCUUACUGUUCUUCCCGAACUGGAAAUUUUUUAUAACCAACAACAUGGGGCUCUCUUGUUAUGCUGCUACUCUGAGCAGGUCCCUUGAAGGGGAAGAGGCAGGGGAUCUUUCGUCUUUGGUUCACUCUAUCACCUUGUGAUUUUGUUAACAACACAGAUAAUGACGG